GCAUGAUAAAUAAGUAGAGUUUGUAAUUGUGCAUGACAUUGCUCACCAACCAAGAACACAAGAAACUAGAUUCCCUCCAAACAAGUAGUCCAAGAAAGUUCAUAGAUGUUUAACAUCCGAUAUAUUAAUCACAAACUUGGACCUAGUCAUGUGUUUAUUAGUUGCAACUCUACAAAUCAUCACUACGUGGUCCCGAAAAAAACAAUGGCGCUUUUCAAUUCUUGGCAAGAGUUGAGGCUCUUUGCUUUACAAGUAUUUGCAGGCAAAUGGUUCAUGGUCUUUGCCACAAUCUUGAUAAUGAGCGUCAAUGGAUCGAGUUACAUGUUCGGUCUCUACUCAAACGACAUCAAAUCGUCGUUGGGCUACGACCAAAGUACCCUCAACUUGAUAAGUUUCUUCAAGGACUUGGGAGGCAAUUUGGGGGUCUUGGCGGGACUCAUCAAUGAGGUCUCGCCCCCUUGGGUCGUCCUGUCAGUCGGUGCAGCUAUGAACUUCUUUGGCUACUUCAUGAUAUGGAUGUCCAUAGCCGGGCACAUUGCAAAACCCCAUGUUUGGCAAAUGUGCCUUUACAUCUGCAUUGCUGCGAAUUCGCUCUCUUUUCCCAAUACUGCUGCGUUAGUUGCCUGUGUGAAGAAUUUCCCAGAAAGCCGAGGCAGUGUUAUAGGCUUCUUGAAGGGGCUGAUUGUCCUAAGUGGUGCGAUCUUGACGCAGCUCUACCACGCCAUCUAUAAAGAUGAUUCGGAGGCUCUUGUCUUGCUCAUCGCGUGGCUUCCAGCCGCUGUUUCCUUGGUUUUUCUUCGAACAAUUCGCAUCAUGAAGCGCGUCCGACAACCAAACAAGCUAAGAGUCUUCUGUAACUUUCUCUAUGUGUCACUUGGUGUUGCAGCAUCUCUCAUGGCCUUAAUUAUUAUACAAAACAGGCUACGUUUUAAUAGACUCCAGUAUGCUGCGAGUGCUUCUGUAGUUUUGGUCCUACUCUUCCUCUCACUUUAUGUUGUUAUUAACGAAGAACUGAAGUUGUGGAAGCACAAGAAGCAGGGCCAAACAGACCCUUCCAAAUUCACUUUAAUGACCGAAAACCCUCGAAUAUCAGAACCACCAUCGCAUGUUAAUGAAAACCCAGAAAGCUCGGAGCCACAACCUAUAACAAACAGAGCUUUGGUGAGUUCACAAAUGCCAUACUUAUGUUGGGUAAAGAAAAUCUUCAAGGCACCAGAUAGAGGUGAGGAUUACACCAUACUGCAAGCGGCUUUCAGCAUUGACAUGAUAAUUCUCUUCACCGCCUUAACUUGCAGCGCCGGGGGUUCGUUGACAGCAAUCGACAAUUUGGGACAGCUAGGUAGCUCCUUAGGCUAUCCAGGUCACAGCAUCACGACCUUCAUAUCACUCGUGAGCAUAUGGAAUUUUCUUGGACGAGUCACUGCAGGCUUCGCCUCUGAAAUUCUCUUGGCAAAGUACAUGUUCCCUCGUCCCUCAAUGCUCACUGCAGUGAUUCUUCUCUCCUGUGUUGGCCAUCUCCUCAUAGCCUUCGGUGUCCCACAUUCUCUUUACUUUGCUUCAAUAAUCACAGGGUUCUGCUAUGGAGCUCAACUAUCAUUAUUAUUUGUGAUCAUAUCCGAACUCUUUGGCCUCAAAUACUACUCCACACUUUACAACGUUGGGGCUCUUUCGAGCCCCCUCGGGUCUUACAUUUUCAAUGUGAAAGUUGCUGGUCACUUGUAUGACAAAGAGGCUCGAAAGCAGAUGGAAGCUCUUGGCCUUGUGAGGAAAGCUGGACAGGAGCUGACAUGCAAUGGAGGGAGGUGUUACAAGAUGGCUUUCCUAGUAAUCACGGUGGCGACAUUGUUCGGGUGCCUUGUUUCAUUUAUUUUAGUGCUUCGGACAAGAAGGUUUUACAAAAGUGACAUCUACAAGAAAUUUAGAGAGGAAAAGGGCGAGACUGAGAUCAUGUCCACCGGAAAUGGCAACACACUGGUAGAAAUAGAAAACAGUGCCGCUGUAAGCACCAGUUCUACUCUCACUGUUGCUGCACCACCAGAAACACAACCUCGAGCCAACAAAGAACCAUAGAUAUACCAGUGAAACCGUGACCAUUUUAUUUGGCUUAUGAAAAUUUUGGCAAUAUAUUCCCGCUCGUAUUACCUCAGUACUUGAAGUGCCUUCCCAAUUGCUCCAACUUUCCUUUUUGGAAAAAAUCGACUACAAAUAACAACGGCCAGACUCCCAUAAAUAGGGUCGUUAAUGGAAUUCUAAACUAAACUUUAACUACCUUAGUCUUAAAAAGGGAUAUCUUGAACAAGCAGAAUAAAAAACACAGUAUACCGGCGGAGUAAGCAGCCGUACAGUUUACCACCCGCUCGGCUAGAAAACGCAACAGUUACCAUAAGAAAACAGGAAAAGGGUCAAAAGACAUUAUGCAUUCCCUUUUGUUGUCUGCCUGUCUUGUGAGAAAUU